AUGGCGGCGACAGGGCACCUACUCUCGCUGAAAGUUAUGCGGGUCUCACGACCCUCUACGACCAGUGCAUGGGAACCAUUCUACUCCAGCUCGCCAUCAUUCUCCGCGCACUCGACCGGAUCAAUUGUCUCACUGCAAGGGAAAACUGCCCUUCCAGGGCACCCAAAGACGCUCCGCGAUCUCAGCCAUGUUACAGAAGUGCUCAUGCUCCCGUCCUCGUUUGGCGCAAUCCAGCUUGGAGAGACCUUCACUAGCUGCAUUUCAGUUAACACCGAGGCCAAAAUGGACGUGGAGUCUGUCGUAUUGACGGUCGAGAUGCAAACCGCGACGACAAAGGCGGUUCUUGCUCAGUUCGGUGGGCCGGAGCAGCGGUUGGCGCUUGGGGAGUCGCUGGAGCGCAUCGUCAGUCACGAAAUCAAGGAACUCGUUUCUUAUCGACUCCCCCCUGGUGACCAUGCUACAAUUCCUCCUGUCACCGAUCCUAAUGACCCAGGCCUUCACGUAUUUCGCAAGUUCUACAAGUUCGCUGUAACAAACCCGCUGUCAGUUAAGACGAAGGUCCAUGUACCCCGCGCCCCGUCUGCGCUUCUCUCACGACCUGAGCGCGAGAAGGUCUUUCUAGAGAUUCACAUACAAAACCUGACCGAGGACGCAAUGUGGCUGGAGCGUAUGCACCUCGAGUGCGCGGACAGCUGGAAGGUGCACGACGUUAACCUCGCUGAUGAUGGCUCAGAGACGGGGAAGGAGGGCAUAUUCUCCGGAUCUAUGGCGCUCAUGCAGCCACAAGAUAUGCGUCAAUACGUGUAUGUUCUCUCGCCCGUCGUUCUGGCCACCUUCCCGGUGGCACAUGCACCUGGCAGUAUUGUCCCGUUGGGUAGACUGGACAUUUCUUGGAGAUCUUCGUUUGGGGAACCCGGCCGCCUGUUGACGUCGAUGCUGUCCCGGCGCAUACCGCUCAUCCAAGCCCCACCGCAAACACCCAACCAGCCCCCCGCACUGCCGGCCAAGCAGCAUGCGUCUGCGAUCCCUCUACAUCUCCAACGCACUGCGUCGCUCACGAGCGGUCCGCCGUCCCGGCCGCGGUCGCCACAACUCAACCAGCGGCCCAUGAGUCCUCCUGCCGCUGCCGCUGGUGCGACUCCAUUCCGACCUGGAUCGCCCUUCCGCAGCCGCACCACGACUCAAGGGCCGCAAUCCCCCAUACCUGUGCCAGCAUCGCCCAACCCAGCCAUGAUUCGCAAGGAAGAUGUAGGAGUGGACCUCGUCGUUCGCACUAUCCCGCGUGACGCGCUGCACGUCGAGCAGCCUUUCACUGUCGCUUUUACCUUGAAUGUCUCCGCCCCUGUCCCUCUCGCGCGGCUUUCGGAGUCCCGCGCCGUGCGGCUCCUUUCGCUGGUCGUGCAGCACCUUCGGCCACCACGACCAGUCCAGGCGGAGGGUGCCGCGGCGGCACCCGCACCAUCCAAAGAGGACCCGUACAGCCCACGUCUCCCGGCAUCAGGGCUGUCGAGUCCGUCUCCGUACGGCACGCCCCAGCGCGCGGACUUCCAGGACUUCCUCGCGCGCCGGCUCCUCGUCACGUCCCCCCGGCGCAUGGCCAUAGACGACGACGCACAAACGGACGGUGGUGCGACGCCGGCGCCAUUUGGGACGCGUUUCGGUGCUGAGGUCGUCUCGUUGCCCCCGCCGUUUGUGCAGGCGGGCUCCGGUGCAGGCGGCAAGCUCGCCGUGUGCAAGGAUGUAGUGUCUCUGGGUGGAUCAGCCGUGUUCCUACCCCAGCUGCGGCUUGCGCCGCCAUUUGAGCCGGGGGAGACUACCGGGCGCACGCCCGCGCACGAGAGGAACGUGAGCACGGACACCACCGACAGCGAGGCGGACAGUGAAUCCGGGGAGGCCGGCGGGAAUCUGACAGUGAAGGUCGUGGCUUCGCAGGAUUUCGAGCUGUCCUACUUGCCGCUGAAGCGGGGGUUUGUGACAUUCGGUGGGCUGCGGGUGGUUCUGAUCGAGGACGUGACCGUCAAUGAGGGCCAGGAGGAGAGCGCGCAGUCGAGGCAUCAUGCUGAGGAUGUUCGUGUUCUGAAGGAGUGGGACGUCGUUGGGGAGAUCUGGGUUGAGUCUUGAGAGCAGUCGCGGUGGCGCGGCAGCUGAUCCGCACUUGUACAAACUCAGUACAGUGUCUAGGUUGAUUUCCCGGGUGACCGCCUUCGUGUUGAGUUCAACACCUUUGUUUGCCAUGAAUCAU